ACUUGCAGAAGAAAUUUAGUUGUCAAUAUCACAUGUCAUAACAAACCAAACACUGCGAGGAGCAGUGAAUGUUUUCAUUUACAUGUAACCUGACUGAAUUAUUGCAUUGAUUUAUUUAAUUGAUUCACAACUCCGAACGAAUACUAGCCAGCCAUGAAAAUUCGUAAAUCAAUUCUACCUCAUGGCCUAACCGACAUGGGAUCCACAGUGUUUCUUGCCAUUUGCAUACCGGCCGUAUUUAUUUUUGAAAUAGUUAUCAUAUUGCCAGCAUUCUUUGAACCGGGUACAUUGAUGUAUAUCCUGCACAUAGUUUUGGGUACAUUCCUGUUAUUCAAUGUCACCGCAAACAAAAUCACGAUGAUGUUACGUGACACCAGUAUCAAAGGUGAAAAAUUAGUGCCCAGUGAAAGGACUGAAAAGCUCUGGAAAAUGUGUGCUGUGUGUGAAACGUUAACGCCUCCACGGACAUGGCAUUGUAACACUUGUAAUACAUGCAUCUUACGACGUGAUCAUCAUUGCGCAUUCACCGGCUGUUGUGUCGGUCACACUAAUCAGAGAUAUUUUUUAAUGUUACUCGGUUACCUGUUUCUUAGUACGUUCUACGCUAGUCUGUACAACAACUAUUUCAUUUGGGUCAUUCAUGCGGAUAAAUUCCUGAAAAGUGCAACGAUUUUGAAAUUGGCCUUUCCACUGUUCAUGAUCGCAUGGGAUCAAUCGACCGAGACGUGUUAUCUGGCUGGAUAUCUGAUAAAUAUGGUCGGAGUGUUCUUCAUUGGAUUUUUGCUCAUUUAUCACAUGCGCAAUGUGCUUCGAGGCACGUUAACUCAUGAAAAGACAUUGGCUUACGAUCUGGGAGUCAAAAGAAACAUUGAAAUGGUUUUUGGUGUCAGAUGGUACCUGACAUGGAUUUCACCGUUUGUUACGAGUGACUUGCCACAUGACGGAAUUCACUGGGGGGAUGUGCUGGAAGAGGCUAGUAAAAAUCGAUAAACAUUUCACACGGAAUGUUACAUUUAUUUUGCCAAAAAUACAACAAAUUUUCAUUGACGCAAGACUACAUGUAUACCUAGUUCAAAAUUGCAGGUAAAGGCACGGAAAAGAGACUUAAUUGUAUUGUAUUAGCUAGAACAUUUUUUUAAAAUUACUGAUGCUUACGUAUAUAGCACAAACAUUAUUAUAUCACCGUUUUUUACUAACCAAAAAUGAUGAGUCUACCUGUCCAUUGUUGUUGUACAAUAAAAUUCGUUUCUAGUCAACAGUCGUAUAACAAUCCUUUUGAUGUUUCAUUGUAAAUUUUAUGGACAAAUAAACUAUUGAGUGCUUGCAUUUUGCA